AUGAGUGAAAAAGAUAAUAAUAAAAUACGUUCUAUUGAUGAUGAUGGUUAUCGACAAAGAGCUGCUUGUAUUUGUGUAAGAAAUGAACGUGAAGAUGAAAUUUUAUUAAUAACAUCUCGACAUAAAACUUCUUGGAUAAUUCCUGGUGGUGGUAUUGAACAAAAUGAAUCAACAAAUGAAGCAGCUCAAAGAGAAUUAUUUGAAGAAGCUGGUGUUAAAGGAAGAAUUAUUCGUGAUUUAGGAGUUAUUGAAACUUUUGAAAGAAAAUGGCGAACUCAUGUUUUUGUUGUUUAUGUUGAACAUGAAUAUGAUGAUUGGGAAGAAAAAAUAUUAAUUGGUCGUCAAAGACAUUGGUUUCACUUAAACGAAGCUUUUUUUCUUUUAAAUUCCUAUAAACAAUCUCAAUUAUCUUUUCUUCAACGUUUCAUAUUAACAUUACCAAAUUGUAUUCAAUUAGUUAAUCAUAUUAAAGAUUCUUAA